AUGGAAAAUGAUAUUGCUAUGUGGCUUUGGGUCAUCCAUCUCCUAGCAGCGGGAUUUGUGACGGUCGAUGAUGGCUCAGGAUCUGUCAUCAAACACGGUACCUACCAGGAUUGGAUGCUUGAUUGCCAAUGCUGCCAUGCUAUCCUUCUCACCAAGAGCCAGUUUAAGACUUGCCUCGUAGAAUAA